AUGGCAGGUUUCACUCAACAAUCUCUUUCCACUGGAUGGAGUUUCAAGGACUAUGAGGACACUUCGGCAGAGGCAUGGAUGGCAGUGCCUAGUGUUCCCUCCGUGGUUCAUCAGGAUCUAAAAGCGAACAACAAAUUAAAGGAUCCGUAUGUUGGUUUUAACGAACUGGAUGCCCGUUGGGUCAACGAAAAAUCAUGGACUUACCGCAACGUUUUCAGAAAGCCUACCAUCCCUAGAGGAUCGUCAGUUGAUUUGGUCUUUGAAGGUCUAGAUACCUUUGCCAGUGUCAGGCUGGAUGGAAGGGUCAUUCUAGAAAGUGAUAACAUGUUUCUUGCCCACAGGGUGAACGUGACCAAGGCUCUAGAAACCGAAGGAGAGCAUGAGCUGGAAAUUGAUUUUGACUGUGCCAUGCUCCGUGCUCGGAAACUUCGAGAGCAGGAUCCCAACCAUAACUGGGCUUCCUUUAAUGGAGACCCGUCAAGGAUGAGCGUGAGGAAAGCACAGUACCACUGGGGCUGGGAUUGGGGCCCGGUUUUGAUGACUGCAGGCAUCUGGCGCGAUGUGCGACUUGAGGUAUAUUCUGCCAGGGUUGAUGAUCUUUGGACUGAGAUGGAGCUAUCUCCAGAUCAACAGACGGCCCAAGUCACUGUUUUCUCGCAAGUAAAUGGCGGGGACCCCGAUUCGUCAUACCAGGUCCGUUUUAAACUGAGCCUUGUCGGAAAGGAGAUCGACUGUUAUGUUACAGAGCCAAAGGACAAGGUUGCAAAGGUGACAUUUGAUGUGAAACAACCAUCGUUGUGGUGGCCUAAUGGAUAUGGAAAUCCCACUCUCUAUGAGAUAUCAGUGUCACUGGAAAAAGAACAGGAUAUCCUUCAUCAAGUCACUAAGAAAUUUGGGAUUCGGACAGCGGAAGUUAUACAACAGCCGGAUAAGCAUGGCAAAUCCUUCUUCUUCAGGAUUAAUGGAGUGGAUGUCUUCUGCGGGGGCUCUUGCUGGAUCCCCGCUGAUAGUCUUCUCCCCAGCAUCACUGCCGAGCGGUAUCGCAAAUGGAUUGAAUUGAUGGUCGCUGGGCGACAAGUGAUGAUCAGGGUAUGGGGUGGCGGGUGCUACGAAGACGACAAUUUCUAUCAAGCCUGUGAUGAACUGGGGGUCAUGGUAUGGCAAGACUUUAUGUUUGGCUGUGGUAACUACCCAACCUGGCCGAAGCUACUUGAGUCAAUCGAGCAGGAGGCAGCCUAUAACGUUCGCCGACUUCGUCAUCAUCCCUGCAUUGUGAUAUUCGUUGGAAACAAUGAAGAUUACCAAGUACAGGAGCAGGCAGGCCUGGUCUACGACUAUGAAGACAAGAACCCAGAAAACUGGCUUAAGACCGACUUUCCCGCUCGCUAUAUUUACGAGAAACUCCUUCCCUCGAUAGUUCAUAAGCUUUGCCCGACUACAUUUUAUCACCCAGGUAGCCCGUGGGGCGAUGGCAAGAUCACAUCCGACCCAACCGUUGGAGAUUUGCAUCAGUGGAAUGUUUGGCAUGGUACACAAGAAAAGUACCAGAUCUUUGAUACCCUCGGCGGCCGGUUUAACAGCGAAUUUGGCAUGGAAGCAUUCCCACACCUAUCAACCAUCGAGUACUUCGUCAAAAAUGAGGCAGAUAAAUACCCCCAGUCUCAUGUCAUUGAUUUCCACAAUAAGGCCGAUGGUCAUGAAAGAAGGAUCGCUACCUAUCUUGUUGAGAACUUGAGGACAGCUACAGACCUAGAGACAUACAUUUACCUUACACAAGUUGUGCAAGCUGAAACCAUGAUGUUUGGAUACCGGGGAUGGCGCCGCCAAUGGGGCGAUGAAAGACGCUGCGGGGGCGCUCUCCUUUGGCAGCUCAACGACUGCUGGCCCACGAUAUCCUGGGCCAUUGUGGACUACUUUCUACGGCCGAAGCCUGCAUUCUAUGCGGUAGCACGUGUUUUGAGUCCCAUUGCUGUUGGGGUCCGCAGAGAGCAUCAUGACUGGAGCGUAACCCAUGCACAACCGCCAAAAACGAGCAAAUUCGAGCUGUGGGUCGCCAGCAGCCUUCAGACGGCGGUUUCUGGUAGAGUAGAACUAAGGUUUCUUUCUGUCAAUACAGGACUUGAGGUCCGCAGUGCUAUUAUGCACGAUAAUGUUACAAUCACGCCCAAUGGCACAUCCAACAUCGACGAUGGAGUCAUCGACCAUGCCGUAUACCCUGAACCACAUGUACUUGCUGCGCGAUUAUGGGUGGGCGGAGCCAUCAUCGCGCGUGAUAUCGAUUGGCCCCAACCAUUUAAGUAUCUUGAUCUGUCCAACCGAGGUCUUGAAGUGAAGCCAGUACCAGGGUCUACUGAGGGACAGACACUUCAGAUCAGCUCGCGGAAGCCAGUGAAAUGCUUGGUGUUCGAGGAGCGUGAUGGUGUGCGGGUCAGCGACAGUGCAAUGGACAUUGUGCCUGGGGAUGAACAGAUCGUCACCGUUAAGGGACUCCAGCCGGGCGAUACCCCUCUGAAGUAUAAAUACCUUGGCCAAUAG